AUGUCGCGUACCGCGAUUAUCGUGAGCACUGUAAGCGCGCUGGUGCUGGCGUGUCUUGUCAAGGUCGUCGUACAAUGGUACCGCCUAUCCCAUAUCCCGGGUCCGUUCUGGGCUGCCUUCUCCAAGGGCUGGAUGGUGAGGGAAUCCCUCAAGGGAAGACAGCCGGCUGCGAUCAAGGAUGUGACCGAUAGAUACGGUUCGCUCGCUCGCAUUGGCCCGAACGAACUCGUGACGGACGAUCCGGAAGUUCUGAGAAGGAUGAUGGCCGUUCGUUCCGCCUACACCAGAGGCCCUUGGUACAAUGCGAUGCGAUUCGAUCCCGGACGCGACAAUUUGUUCUCUAUGCGCGAUGAGGUCGCCCAUACGAAAUUGCGUAACAAGAUGGGAGCCGGGUAUUCUGGAAAAGAAAAUACCUCCAUGGAGGGGUCCAUCGAUAACCAGAUUGCGAACUUGGUGAAUUUAAUCGAGAGGAAGUAUCUCUCAAAUUCCGACUCCUACCGUCCCAUGGAUCUGGCACAGAAGGUGCAGUACUUCACUCUUGAUGUCAUCAGCGAUUUGUCUUUUGGCCGUGCUUUUGGGUAUAUGGAAGCAGAUGACGAUGUAUUUGACUACAUCAAGAUCACUGGUGCCUACAUUCCGGUGAUGCUGGUAUUGGCAAAUGUUCCAUCGUUGGCAGAUCUCUUGCAUUCGCGCCUGUUCCGGGGCAUGCUACCUUCCGAGAGCGAUAAACUUGGAUUUGGUGCAUUCAUUGGAGUUGCAAAGAAGAUGGUAGCAGAGCGAUUUGGACCUGCAGCUAAGCAUCACUCCGACAUGCUUGGAUCGUUCAUCCGCCACGGACUGAACCAGGAAGAAGCAUCCGGAGAAGCCUUGCUUCAGGUUGUUGCUGGCAGUGAUACCUCUGCCUCUACUAUCCGCGCCGUGAUGAUCAACAUCUUGACCAACCCUGCCAUAUACAAGAGGCUCCAGGCGGAAAUCGAUGAAGGCAUCGCACAAGGAACCAUAUCUUCGCCCAUCACGGACUUCGAAGCCCGCAACUUUCCAUAUCUUCAAGCCGUGAUCAAGGAAGGCCUCAGGAUUCUUCCGCCAGCAUCAGGUACUUUCUUCAAGACUGUCCCAGAGGGAGGAGAUGUCAUCCAUGGCAAAUUCGUUCCCGCCGGAACUCAGAUCGGAUCAUCUCCAUUCGGUAUUCAUCAUUCAAAGAAGAUCUUUGGCGACGAUGCCGAGGUCUUUAGGCCAGAGCGUUGGUUGGAGUCGGACCCAGAACGCGUUCUCGAAAUGACCAGUACUGUCGAUCUCGUCUUCCAUUACGGAAAGUACCAAUGUCUGGGCAAGUCAGUAGCUAUGAUGGAAUUCAACAAGAUAUUCGUUGAGCUGCUCAGGAAGUUCGACUUCUCCAUCACCAGACCCGACAAGCCGGUUAGAAUCAGCAAUGCCGGCAUUUGGAUCAUUGAGGACUUCUGGGUUCGCAUCACACAGCGUCAGGUCUAG